AUGGCGACCUCAACACUCCUCGCUCGUUCGGGGUCGAGGCUUCUCCUGCAGACUUCUCCCAACGCUCGAAUCAGCCGCACUGCUUUGCAAAGACUACAGAACACGGCAGGAUCCCAGCCGUUUCCUUGUCUCUCAGUUCUUGGUCGCUACUAUGCCUCCAAAUCCUUCCCUCCCCAUACAGUGAUCACUAUGCCCGCCCUCUCACCCACAAUGACGGCGGGAAACAUCGGUGCCUGGCAGAAGAACGUCGGCGACACUCUAGCCCCCGGUGAUGUCCUGGUCGAGAUCGAAACGGACAAAGCUCAGAUGGACUUUGAAUUCCAAGAGGAAGGUGUUCUGGCGAAGAUUUUGAAGGAGUCUGGAGAGAAGGAUGUUGCGGUUGGCAAUCCAAUUGCUGUUAUGGUCGAAGAAGGUGGAGACGUUUCCGCAUUCGAAUCCUUUACUCUCGAAGACGCCGGCGGCGAGAAGGCUCCUCCAAAGGAAGCACCAAAGGAGGAGGCUUCCGAGGCUACAGAGUCGCCAGAUUCCGGCUCAGCAACCGCACCAUCUGGGGGCGCGAAGGAGUCGAGCGAGGCUACACCCGAAGCUGUUGAGGCCGAUACAAGUGGCGAACGACUUCAGAGCGUCCUAGACAGAGAGCCAACCGUGAGCCCAGCUGUCAGGAAACUGGCCCUUGAGAAGGGCGUUCCCAUCAAGUCUGUCAAGGGUACGGGUCCUGGGGGCCGAGUCACUGUUGCAGACAUCGAGAAAUUCAAGCCUUCGGCGGGAGCAGGAGCACCUGCCGCCGCCGCUGCAGGCCCUACCUACGAGGACAUUCCAGCCAGCUCAAUGCGCAAGACCAUUGCUACGAGGCUCAAGGAUUCGAUGAACCAAAACCCCCACUACUUUGUCUCAACCACACUAUCCGUGUCGAAGUUGCUUAAGCUCAGGGAAGCGCUCAAUGCUGCUUCGGAUGGCAAAUACAAGCUGUCCGUCAACGACUUCCUGAUCAAGGCUUGCGCGGUUGCUUGCAAGAAGGUCCCGGCCGUUAACUCAAGUUGGCGAGAAAUCGAUGGGCAAACAGUGAUCCGCCAACACAACGUUGUCGACGUCAGUGUUGCUGUUGCCACUCCUGUCGGUCUCAUGACUCCAAUCGUGAAGAACGCAGAGAGUAUUGGCCUUCAAGCCAUUUCAGCACAAGUCAAGGAUCUUGGGAAGCGAGCACGCGACGGCAAGCUCAAGCCUGAAGAAUACCAAGGAGGCACAUUCACGAUUAGCAACAUGGGCAUGAACCCUGCCAUCGAAAGAUUUACCGCUGUUAUCAACCCACCUCAGGCUGGCAUUCUUGCAGUUGGCACCACUCGUAAAGUGCCCGUUCCUCUCGAAACCGAAGAAGGCACGAUCACCGAAUGGGAUGACCAAAUCAUCGUCACGGCCAGCUUUGACCACAAAGUCGUCGAUGGUGCUGUUGGUGGCGAAUGGAUCCGGGAACUGAAGAAGGUGGUAGAAAAUCCUUUGGAGAUGUUGUUGUAG